UCGUCAACCGCUUGAUAUUUGCCAACCAACCAAUACUGGCACUUCGCCAACUGGCACUGGCAUCAACGCGUCUACCUGCCUGUGAGUGAAAGGAACGGAAUUCUAGGACCGUCGGCCUCGCCGACUUGCGUUGCGUUGUUUCGAUCGAACACAAGAGACAUCGGCCAGUUUGUAAUCAUAUUUUUCGAAUCUGGUUUCGUGAUUACAGCGGUAAUUUACAUAAAUUAAUUACAGUUGUAAUUCGUGCGCAUUAUACCAAUCAUUCAUGUACGGACAUUGCGGACUUUUGAAAGUUAGUUGUGUGUAUUGUGUGCUUAUGUCGUAUGUGCCGACUGCCGCCGCUGAAUCUGACAGUGUAGUAGUUUAUUUGGCCCGCCAUUUUGUAUUUCUGAGCACUAGAACAAGUUCGCGGAAAACAAAGUUAUUUUUCCAUUUUCCAGUAUAAACCAUCGUGUUCGACAUAGUUAUUGUGUAAUAACCGGUUGAAUAAACAAUUAUGUGUAUAGGUGACUGGUUUUGACUCAAAAUACUUCGUAUGUUUUGGAUGCGGUUAAGUAGCAAAGUGUCGGUGAAACAUUUUGAUAUGCUACGAAGAGAAUUUGCUACAUUCAUUCGUAAUAUUUGUAAAGAAAAUUCAAAGGACCUGGAUCUCCUGUAUUGAUGCGAUAAUUGGAUGAUGUUAGUAUCAUAAGUCAUGGCAACAAAGCUUGAAUCUGAAUAUGCAUCAUCACCAACAAAUGAUGAUUCAGAUGGUGACGGCCAGGAUUCGGCCGACGCGAUCUAUCAAGAAGAAAUCAAACCGCCGACAAACAACGUCGCGGAUAUAUUGAAAAGGCUCCAAUCAUCCGGUGCUCUUAUAAAAAAACCAAAGAUAGAACAUCGCUGCUACACUUGCGACGAGGACUUUCGUAACUGGGAAGAGCUAGAGAACCAUCUGAUUCAGCACGUUUCCUUGCCGUCAGUCGUGUUAGAAAGACUGCCUUCCGACGACGAAGAUAUUCCGUCCGAAGAUGAGAAUUGGUCGGAGGAAGAAGAGAGUCCGCCACCGGUUAAAGUACCCCCACAGAAGAUCGACAUAUCCCAAAUACUUAAAAAAACGGGCAUCUCCAUCAAGAAAUCUAAUCCAGAACCAGACAAAUCUUCAAAUUCGGCGUUAAAUAAAUUAAGCGGUCUAGGAUUUACAAUUAAAAAGAACUCAUCACCCAUAAAGAAAGAGCCCGAUGCAGAACCCGUUAAAAGUGAUGUGAUGCAAAAGUUAGGGAACCUUGGAGGGAUUAAAUUGAAACUCAAAUCGUCCGGAAAUAACACGAAUUCAUUUAAAGUAGUGAACGGAUUAAAAGAUUUUAAAGCUUCCGAUGACGAGGAUGAGGGUAGUGGAAACGAAGAGGAGCCAGAUGGAAACGAGGAAGAUCAUAAGUCAAGCGACCAAGAUGGUUCUGCUCCUGACAAUGAUUCUGCCGAUGAACAACCUGACAACCGGAAAAAUUCCGAAAGCAACGAUUCUGAUAAAAGUUCAUCGGUCAAAAUCCCUAACAUCGGAACACCACUUAAAAGUUUGCAAGGUAAAACUAUUGCUAAAGUUGAGCCUAUGAAAAUAGCCUUGAAAACAGCUUCUCAACCAGUUAUUAAAGAAAUGCCUCCGCUAAAGCCAUCUGGAAGGCCGGCCAUAAAACAGACGCCAAAGCGAGGUGCAAAUCUUCCGAUACCACCCAGAGAAAUUCCAACGCCUACGAAAGAACUUACGUCUACCACACCACCUACACCCGAUAGAAUUCAGACGCAAAAUGUAAUGGAGAAUGUAACAGUCAAAAAGGAAGUCGAUGUAGGUGAACAAUCGUCAAGUAUACCGCUAUUCUCGACUCAAAUAAAGUCAGAAAGGACUUCGCCACCUCCGUUGGUGCCAUUCGGCGAUGGUAAAUCUACGCCAAUGUUAGCUACUGUAAAGUCUGAACCUGAUGCAAGCUCUUUGCAAUCCCCUCAACCGCUGUUUUCCAAUAACAGAUCUACUCCAGCUCCUAACAGUGCAUCUAGUGAAGGAUCCAUCCCAGGAACCCCACUGUUUUCAGUAGCUAAAAUGGAAGAUAAUAGUGCAACAGUCAUAGAAAUUAACGGUGAUUCGAAUGACGAGGAUGAUGACUGUUGUGUGGUUUCAGCCACACCAGCCCCUGACAUCAAGCCAGUUGUACCAAAAACGGAAAACCCUCAACCUGCGUUUGUGCCGCCAGCAUUUUCAACAUCACAAUCAGGCUACGGUACAUCUAGCGUCCUCUCGUCGAGAUUGUCGGCACCGUCUUCCUUAGAAAAACAACACAAUUUCAAUUGGAACGCACCAGACUCAAAACCACCAAUAGAUAUGCUUGAAAAAAGCGCUGACGAUAUUUUCGAGAGUUUGCUGUCUAACUCUGCGAAGAAGGAGAAUCUCUCGAUAUCAGAAGCUAGUGAAUACAUAUCUUUAGAUACUUUAGGGCCUCAACAUUCUUGUGAUAUAUGCAAUACUAGGUUUACUGAUUUGUCGCUAUUAGAGGACCACAAGCGAAUGACGGGACACUCCAGGAGCUUAGUCGCGCCUUCGUCAUCCACAUUGCUACCUUAUAAUCCAACGUCAAAUAUUCUAUCGAGUUUGUUACCUGUAAAACAACUUGCUGACCAAGUUGGAAAAUUAUCUACAAUAGGUGGCAGCGGCCCAGGCUUCACGCACCAACAGAAUGUGAUGAUUAAUAUCCAAGCUUAUCCUGGUGCGGGAGGCGUUAUGGGCCCGCCUCCACCUUAUAACGCUUAUCCUUCAGGGCAAAAUAUGAAUCCAGGGUACCAAGGGCAAAAUAACAUGUACGGCCCAUCUGGUGGAAAUCAAAUGCCAGGUCAAUAUCCGGGGCAGCACUAUAUGGGACCGCAAGGAUAUGGACAGUUUCCAACGUCGAUGCCCAGUUCCACUUAUCCAGGCACAACACCGCAGUUUUCUGCUCCGCCGUCUCAAUAUUCUACUAGUUCUCCCUUACAAAGUAUGCAGCAGUCAGUGUACGGACAAAGUCCUGCGGGUAUGCCCAACAUGCAAGGGCAAAUGGGCCCACCGGUUGGAGCGCCGUAUGUACCUUCAUCAAGUCCUGGAGGCACAAUGAAAUCUCCGAAUAACAGCGGUGUACGAAUACAAAACGUACAAACGUUUCCACCGGGUCAGCUAGUGGGAAUGCCUGGUCAACCUGUUCCAGUGAGCUCAGAAUUGUCUUCCCAGCCUUCUGCUCCUGGUCAAAUGAUAGGGGGACAGAUGCCCCCACCUAAUCAAAUUAGAAUGGCAGCUGGUGCUAUGGGUCCGCGACCUAGAAUGCCUGGUAUCCGAGGGCAGAGGCCGUCUAUCAGGCCUGGUAUCCAAGUCCACGGCCAAGUACGAGGAGCUAAACCGGGCAUGCGCAUGCCGAUGAAAAGACCAGCGAAUAUACCGAUGGGAGCCAACAAUGCCAAAAGCGACCGUCGAUGUUGUUACCUAGACAAACAUGAUAACGAAGACUGCACGGUCAUGGCGAUGCAGAAGCAAAGGGAAGGUCUGCCCAUGAUCCACAGCGUGCAAGGUGCCAAAGAUAAAAUCAAUCUGGGAAGUCAAAUCUCCAUAACGAAGAAAACUGUAAAUAAAGAGGCUAGUGCAAUGGCUAACGUGCUCGCGUCGAGAGGGAUCAGCAUCAAACAGAAGCAGAAGAGUCGCUCGCCGACCCCCGAGCGGCCAUUGCCCCAUAUACCUAACCUCGGAGCAGGUGUCAGCAUCAAACAUACUUCAAAGUCCAGUAACUUCUCGAUACCCGAAGCGAAGGUGGGCGGUGGUAUGCUGUCGUGUAAAAUCUGCAAGAAGAUGUUUAUGAACCAAAAUUCUUUGACAGUUCACAUGACGAACGCGCAUCCUCAGAGCAAAGUACCCUUGUUUAAGUGUGACGAGUGUCCAGCAUCUUACCCUAAGUCCUUACAAUUGCAGCAUCAUAAAAGGGUGUUCCACAAUGUGACAGGACCAAACCGGGAGCUAGGAUUGCCCGUAGUAGACUUGGCGCAGGAGGACAACCUUAAGAGAUUGAGUAAUUUAGGCAUUUAUAGUUUCAUACCUUUAGCGAAUAGGGAAUUAGCGGGAGGAUGUUUUGGUAUUCCUGUUAUAUCGGUACAUAAUAUGCACAAUGGGAUGACGAGUAGUCUGCAGGCGCUCGGCGCUGAUGGUUUGCUCAGCUUAGGUCCUCUCAAACCUUUACCUAAGCCGUGAGUUGUGAAAGACUCGGUACAUAUGUUGGUACGUCGCUGGUUACUUCUCCAAAGACUUUUGCCGAAUAUAUGGUUCGAAGUCGUGAAUAUUUCGUGGAACGUGAGUGAAUGUACGAUACAAUUGAACUGUUUUUCUAUUCUUUUCAAAAAGUUAUGGCCAAAUCUGUUCAAACUUUGUGAAUUUUCAAGUCUUGCAAAUAUUAGUAUUGAAUCGUUUUUUAUGUACAUGUUGGGAGUUAUUGAACAACUUGUGAUAGAUUGUGCUAGCUGUUGUAAUUUCGAAAUUAUUUUCUUAACGAUUGAGUACAUUUUCUAAUACUUUUGAUAACGAGUGUGCAAUCUUUGAACAAAAUUGAAGACAUGGUUAACAUCACAAAAAUUAACGAUGUAUGCAUGAUAUAUGAACCUUGUAAUAGUGUAAGAAAA